GUUGAAUUGCAUCCACACUAUCGUCAAGAAGAAUUAAUAAAAUAUUGCAAUGAAAAAGGAAUUCAUAUACAAGCAUAUUCUUCUUUAGGAACUAGUGGUAAUAUUAAUCUUUUGAGAAAUCCAAUUGUGUUAAAAAUAGCUUCUCAACUUAAUGUAUCAUCAGCACGAUUGUUAUUAAAGUGGGCUUUACAACAAGGAAUUGGUGUUAUUCCUAAAGCUGUAAAUAAAGAACAUAUAAGAGAUAAUAUUCAAUUAGAUUUUUUAAUUGAUGAAGAGAGCAUGAAUAUUUUAUUUUCUUUACCUCAAUUCAAAUAUGCUUGGGAUCCUUCUAAUGUAUAUUAAAUCAAUUCAAAAAUAAAUAAAAUAAAAAACAUGGAAGAUUUUGCAGAUAAAGUUGCACAACUUUGUUUAGAAAAAUAUAAUAAACUUGGUAAGAAUGGUAAACCAUCACAAAAAGAAUGGACUGUAUUAUCAGGUAUAGUAUUAUUAAAAGAGGAUGGUACACUUUCCCUAGUAGCUCUUGCUACAGGAACAAAAUGCUUAGGAAAAAUAGAUUUAAUGAAUACAAAACUAUAUGAAGAAGGAUGUAGAUUAAGUGAUUCACAUGCAGAAAUUCUGGUUAGACGUGCCUUUUUAAGAUAUUUAUAUGAACAAAUCGAUUUUUUACUCAGUGGUGCUAAAAAUAAUGUCUUUAUAAUAGACGAUAAAAAAAAAAUUAAAAUAAAUGAUGGCAUAUCAUUUCAUUUUUUUACAAGUCAAACUCCUUGUGGAGAUUGUUCUAUAUUUUUAAAAGAAGAAGAUAAUGCACCUCCAAUAAAAAUUAAGAAAUAUAAUCAUAAUAUUGAAAUAGAAAUAAAAUCUAAUAUCAAUGAAAAAAAAAAACAAAUAAUUAAAGAUAUAUAUAGAACAGGAGCAAAAUGUGUUAAAUCUGAAAAAUAUCAAGAUCCUCAUUUACCUGGAGUAAAUUACCAUGUAGUUGGACCAUUACGAACUAAACCAGGACGAGGAAAUCCUACUCUUAGUUUGUCUUGUUCAGAUAAAAUAGCAAAAUGGAAUUUACUUGGAAUACAGGGAUCAUUUUUAUCAAUACUAAUACCUCCAAUAAAAUUAGAAACUAUUAUAAUAGGAGGUAAUUCUCCUUUUUCUCUGGAAGCAAUGGAACGUGGAUUGUAUAAACGAUUUAAUUCAGAAAUAUACAAAUUAAAAAUUAUACAAAGUAAACUUUUUUUUAAACAACAAAAGAAUUCCGAAGAAAAAAUCCAUGUCCAUCUAGUAUAAUAUGGUGUGCUUGAUACUGAAAUAGCAGUUGAAGGUAGAAAACAAGGAGCUACGAAAAAAAAAAAAGGUAGCAAUUUACUCAUAAGCAGACGUGCACUUUUUGAAACUUUUUUACGAACUUGUGAUAAAUAUCAACAUUUUGAUUGUAAU